UCGCUCCGCUUCUUUCACCAUUGCAACUUUUGCAGGCACUCCGCAGACAUGCCCUGUGCAAGCUGAAGCCCCUGGAGCUGCAAUCCGACUCAGCCUCGGAGCCCGACAGCUGUUCUGCGCUCGUGCGCUCGUGGCGAAGUUGCAUCUGGACUGGUUCUUUUGUUUAAUCCGGCUAUUACGAUUGCGUUGUGGAUGUGAUCCCCUUCUCUCUCUCUCUCUCUCUCUCUCUCUCUCUCUCUCUCUCUCUUCUGUUCUUCUCUCCCCCGAUGAACUGGCUCAGUAAUGUGGGAGACGGCGAUUCUGUCAGCGGCUCAAGAUGGCAGAUUUUUUCCCGAGUUCUGAACUGAAGCAUCUCUGCACAUUUUUGCCAUGAACAGCAGGAACCCUUGCACCGAUGGCCCCUGUAUACGAAGGUAUGGCCUCGCAAGUGCAAGUCUUUUCCCCCCACACUCUCCAGUCAAGUGCCUUCUUUAGCGUGAAGAAACUGAAGGUGGAGCAAAGUUGCAACUGGGAUAUGACAGGGUACGGCACACACAGCAAGGUCUACGGUCAGAACAGCAAGCAGAGCGUGUCUGCUGCCCCAGUGGGCCUCAACGCCGCCUCGCUCCAGGUCUCCAACUCCUCCCUGCCAUACGAGCAGGCUCUGCUCUUCCCUGCCAGCUCUGGCCACAUUGUAGUUGCCUCUGCGAGCAGCACGUCUGGGGUGGCCGGUCAGCUUUUGGGGAGCACAGGCAGCAGUAGUGGCAGUGGCAGCGGAGGGCACAACCUGACGCGCCGCAGCACUGUGAGCUUGCUGGAUACGUACCAGCGAUGUGGGCUUAAACGCAAGAGUGAAGAGCUAGACAACAACAACGGCAGCGGUAACAGCGUACACGUGGUGGAGGAGCUGCAGCAGCCUCCAGCAGCGCCGAUGCUCCAGAACAAUGGGCAGAGCGGCCCGACGGGCACCGUGGCCACGGCUUCUACAACCGCCACAUCCAAGACCAGUGGCGCUAACAGCGAGGGUGACUAUCAGCUACUGCAACACGAGGUUCUGUGCUCCAUGACCAACACAUAUGAGGUGCUGGAGUUUUUAGGUCGAGGCACUUUCGGGCAGGUGGUAAAGUGCUGGAAGCGUGGCACCAGUGAGAUUGUGGCCAUCAAGAUUCUGAAGAAUCACCCCUCAUAUGCGCGCCAGGGCCAGAUCGAGGUCAGCAUCCUGGCACGCCUUAGCACAGAGAGUGCUGAUGACUUCAACUUUGUGCGGGCAUACGAGUGCUUCCAGCACAAGAACCACACGUGCCUGGUCUUUGAGAUGUUGGAGCAGAACCUGUACGACUUCCUCAAGCAGAACAAGUUCAGCCCGCUGCCCCUCAAGUACAUCCGGCCCAUUCUGCAACAGGUGGCUACAGCGCUGAUGAAGCUGAAGAGUCUGGGUCUGAUCCAUGCCGACCUGAAGCCGGAAAACAUCAUGCUGGUGGAUCCCUCUCGGCAACCCUACAGAGUAAAAGUCAUUGACUUUGGCUCUGCCAGUCAUGUGUCUAAAGCUGUGUGCUCCACUUACCUUCAAUCCAGAUACUACAGAGCUCCAGAGAUCAUCCUUGGCCUGCCCUUCUGUGAGGCUAUAGACAUGUGGUCCUUGGGUUGCGUCAUCGCUGAGCUCUUUCUGGGCUGGCCGCUUUACCCUGGCGCGUCUGAGUACGAUCAAAUUCGGUACAUUUCUCAAACACAGGGGCUGCCGGCAGAGUAUCUGUUGAGUGCAGGAACCAAAACUACCAGGUUCUUCAACAGGGACCCAGACUCCACCUAUCCAUUGUGGAGAUUAAAGACACAAGAGGAUCAUGAGGGUGAGACAGGGAUCAAGUCUAAGGAGGCUCGCAAGUACAUUUUCAACUGCCUGGAUGAUAUGGCACAGGUAAAUGUGAGCACAGAGCUGGAGGGCAGUGACAUGCUGGCGGAGAAGGCAGACCGUAGAGAGUUCAUCGACCUGCUGACCAAAAUGCUGACCAUCGACGCAGAUAAAAGGAUCACACCCAUUGAGACGCUCAACCAUCCAUUUGUUACCAUGGCUCACCUGCUGGACUUCCCCCACAGCACACAUGUCAAAUCCUGCUUCCAGAACAUGGAGAUCUGUAAGCGUCGCGUGAACAUGUACGAUGCAGUCAACCAGAGCAAGACCCCGUUCAUCACGCAUGUAGCCCCUAGCACUUCCACCAACCUCACCAUGACCUUUAACAACCAACUCAACACUGUGCACAGCCAGGCCACCAACCUGGCUCCCUCCUCCACCAGUGCCACCCUUUCCCUUGCCAAUCCCGAUGUCUCCAUACUAAACUACCAAUCUGCACUCUACCAGCCUCCUGCAGCGCCCAUGGCUGCUGUGGCCCCCAGGACCAUGCCCCUGCAGCCUGGCGCCCCUCAGCUCUGUGCCACUCGGCCUGAUCCUUUCCAGCAGGCACUCAUUGUCUGCCCACCCACUUUUCAAGGGUUGCAGGCGUCCCCUUCCAAGCACAGCGGCUACUCCGUACGGAUGGAGAAUGCUGUUCCCAUAGUGACUCAGGCCCCCGGUGGUCAACCCCUGCAGAUCCAGCCUGGCCUUCUCACACAGCAGGCUUGGCCCUCUGGUACCCAGCAGAUCUUGCUGCCCCCAGCAUGGCAGCAGCUCACCCACACCUCUGUACAGCAUGCCACCGUCAUCCCGGACUCCAUGAGCACCUCUCAGCCCCUCACCAACUGGAGGAAUUCCCAUCCCCACGGCAGUCAUUAUAAUCCCAUCAUGCAACAACCAGCCUUGCUUGCCAGUCAUGUGCCCCUGCCUUCUCAACAACCUUUGAAUGUGGGUGUGGCUCAUGUAAUGAGGCAGCCUUCAAGCAACAGCUCAUCCUCCAAAAAGAGUAAGCCACAGCAAAUGAGCAACAGGAACGUGUCCAACUACGAGGUGUCCUCCUCCCAGGCGGUGUUGUCCCCUCAGCGCUCGAAGCGUGUAAAGGAGAACACACCGCCACGCUGCGCUGUGGUACAAAAUGGGCCCUCUGCUCCCUGCGCCCCACCUCAGGGCUGUGGAGGAGGAGGGUGGGGAGAAGCGCAGGCCUCCAGCACAACACGAGAGCACCACGGACCACACAACCAACACUCACAACACAACCAACACAACCCCCCUCGGCAAACCAUCAUCAUCCCCGACACCCCAAGCCCAGCAGUGAGCAUCAUCACCAUCAGCAGUGACACAGAUGAAGAGGAUGAGCACAAGCAGCCUAAUAACACCAGCACAUCAUCCAAACAGCGGAAGAACGUCAUCAGUUGUGUCACUGUCCAUGACUCCCCCGACUCAGACUCCAGCAAUAACAGCCCCUACGCUGUAGAAUCCCGAACGAACGGCCCCAAUGCUAACAACUAUGACUCUAAGGGCGCAGUGCUGGAUGACUACAAUAACGGAAAUCCCCGGACCAUCAUCAUCCCUCCCCUGAAGAGCCAGACCAGUGAAACCCUAAGCGCGUGUGAGCGACUUGUGCCUGACACCAUGAACCACCAGAAUCCUGCCUACAAGUUUAAAACCUCCAAUGGAGGCCUGUCAGCCAACAAUCACUCUUCAGGGGGUGUUCCUGGAGGCGGAGUAUAUCGGCAGCAACGUUCCGGGCCACACCCUUUCCAGCAACAACCGCUCAAUCUCAGCCAGGCUCAGCAGCACAUGGCGAUAGAGAGAAAUGGAGGGCCCAGGAGACAGCAAGCCUAUAUCACACCCACAAUGGCUGCUCAGGCUCCAUAUUCCUUUCACCACAACAGUCCUUCCCACAGCGCAAACGUGCACCCCCACCUAGCUGCCACUCAUUUAUCUGGCCAACCCCACCUUUACACGUACACCGCCCCCGCUGCCCUGGGAUCCACUGGCACCGUGGCACAUCUGGUGGCAUCACAAGGUUCAGCACACCAUGCGGUCCAACACGCUGGCUACCCACCGAGCAUUGUGCACCAGGUUCCUGUCAGCAUGGGCCACCGUGUGCUGCCAUCCCCAACGCUGCACCACGGCCAGUACCAGCCCCAGUUUGCCCACCAAACAUACAUCAGCGCCUCGCCCGCCUCCACUGUCUACACUGGAUACCCUUUGAGCCCCACCAAGAUGAACCAAUACCCGUAUCUCUAGACCCGAAAACACUGGAGCUGAAAUCCAACGCUGCUUCCCAUCCUCUCCCCACUAAAGACAGAGAGUCAGUGAGACAUGCCCGAGCUUAACAGACCCCAAAACCUUUUCCGGUCCAAGUCACUUUUAAACUUGAAGACAGUAAAGACGAUGAUGUACAAACAAAGAAUACUAUCGGUGGCAAGGAAUGAGUUUGAAAGGAGUUUGCUCUCUUUUUUGCAUAUGAGUUUGGUUUUCUUUUUUUUUUUUAAAGGGCCAGUCCUGUUUCUUUUUCGAUAUUUGCAAUAUGAAAAUCGUAUAUAUAUUUGCAUUGAAUUUCUUUUCAAUCAUGGUCAUGUCUGUUGGCAUUUUGGGAGAGACUGGGAGUUUUAUUAGCCCAUUUGUUGAUUUGUUUUGUUUUGUUCUUUUCAUUUUCUUUCACUGACUGUUGAGCUGAGGUCACGUGGUGGAUCUGAACGUUAUACAUAAGGUGAAAUACGGAUAUCUGCUGCUCUACAAAGAAAAAAAAUAUAACGAUGGCCUUGAACUGUCUUAACCAUUUCCAAGGGGUGCUGCACGCACAGUACUCCGCCGUCCUCUCCUAUCAACAGCCGGAGGAGUCUUUUGGAAAUAUGUGGAAAAAAAAGACAAAAGACUUUCUAGUGUAUUUAUAGAUUUUUUUCUUUCUCUCUGUUUGUGUUCACAUUUAGAAAAGAAAAUAAGUUUUGUCAUAGAGUAGGACAUUUAGCCCCCCCCCACCACCUUUUUUUUAGAAUGUAGCAAACUUCACAUGCUUAUUUUAUGAAGAAUUUUUCUUUUUGAUGCCAAUAGAAUUUUCUUUUAAAUUUUUCUCUUUAAAUGUGAUUGCACAACGUUGUUGUAAUAACAUAAGCAUGUAUAACAUAAUAGUCUGUGCACGUGUGUGCUGCUGUUGGCCCUGUGCGUGGAACACCUUCCUCUGCACCUUUGUGCGAUAUAUUCCUCCACGGUCUUAGGUUUGAAUCAUCGUUCCCUCGUAGUGCCUUACACAUAUUACAACCGUUUACUUGGCUGGAAAACCUUUUUUAGAACCAACAGGAACUAGUUUGAACGUUGGCUUCUGGGUUGGACAUCUUUUGUCUGAGAUGUUUUGUGUUUAACUUCCGGGUGUAAGCAUAGUCCUAAAUGUAAUGAACUAGGUUAUUAUUAUUUACACACCUCCAUUUCGUACAACAGUGCUUUUUGUUUCAGCAUGCAUGAGCUUAUUUAACAUUUAGACCAAGAUACUUCCUUGGAGUAAUGAACCAAAGUUGUCAUUUCGGUGAAGAUUAGUAACAUUUUGUUACUGUAUGAUGUAUAGUAUGUUUUAUUGUAUAGCGUAGCUGUUUGUCUUAGGAACCUAUUCAGUGGCACUGAGCUUUGUGUUUGUUUUGUUGUCACGCGCGAUUGACGUGAAAUUGUUGGAAGCGAAGCACUACACGUGAUUCAUUUGAAAACCUGUGCUAAUGCAUUCGCUUGAUGGUCAUAAAACUGAGCUUGAGGUCAAAGUGUAUUAUUUGCUGAUGAUGUCCAGUUGCUGCACAUCAGGGAGGGUUUUCUGGACAGGGGUCAGAAGAGCAGGAGUGUGUUUGAGGAGUGAACGGUGUUUGAGCGGCCCCCAGUGAGCCCAGUGCAGAAACGAUGUUGAAACAGUAAACAUGUGUGGGAGAGCGAGUGGGUCGAGGUAGGGACAGGACCGAUUAAGGUGCUAAAAGAUGGCACUGGAUGGAUUUUCGGAUGGGAAUUGAAGGGAGGAGUGAGCGAGACUAAAUUCCACAUCUUUAAUGAGAAAAGCAUGUUGGCUUUGAGCAUGUCGGUAGGACAGGGAAGAAUCUGCACGACUUGAGGCACUGCAUGAAAACACACUGCCUUCUGAUCCGAAGGGCUGUUGGGGAGAUCUGUGCUGGUUUUUGUGUGCUUUGAAGGCUGCGGUUCUCAGCAGGAACCCAAAGCUGGUCACAGUAGGGAUUGCGUUGCAGAAAUUUGUUGUUGCUCUUUGUCGUAAUUAACGGAAGAUCUUCUGCUGGAUCGGCCUUUAAGAGAAACGGAUAGCUGAUAUGGGGAAAAAAAGUGUGGGCCAACCUUGAUUUUUUAUUUAUUUUUUAUUUUUUGUUAAAGUCGGCUUGUGUUUUCACCAGUGAUUUGAUGAGUGAUUUGACAUGAUGACGAGGGCUCAUGCAUGUGAUUUUCUGAAAGCAUCCAAUUCUCCUCUCUCAUGCCAAUGCCAUUUAAAGUGGUUUUACCUUGGUUAUAGUUCUUUUAUUACCAGACUAUGCCACAAAUAGACUCGUUUAGGCUCGUUUUUAUUUUUACGAUUGGUGGGCAAUAUGGUGGUCAAUAUGUAAUCAUGCUAAAUAUUCUUAGGGGCAUCUAGUAAUCAAAAGUGUUGGUUUUGGUUGGAACACCUUUGACCCAAAUACUUUUGUAAUUCAUGAGCUUAUUUGGUUUUAUUUUAGUUGAGUUUUAUUCAUUUGGAUCUGAAUGAUGCAAGUUGUUUAGGUCCUUAUACGAGCUCGCUGGCCCAAGGACAUUGAGACAAAGAGGUUCCUGUCUUAUUAAAAAUACAUCUAACAUUCCAUAUUAGAAAGCGUUGUCUUGUCUGUAGUCUCCGGUCCUGUCUUCGUGUAGGUUUGCCUUUCUGAGCACAAGGCAGCUCAGCAUUUCACACUCGUAGUUUUUCCCACCAAAGAAAUCCAGUGUGUGGAUGAGGCACAGAAUUGUCCAUCAGAGUAGCUGAGAUAACUGACAGACAAAGAAAUGUUCAACCCUACAACAUAUCAUGAUUAUACAUAAUUCAUGCAAUAUCACCAUUAGCCCAGCUGUGCAUGCUGUCCCAAGCAACUCAGUGCUUUUUUGUUUGAAUUUCCAUUUUGUAAAUUGUUUCAAUAUUGGAUUACUAUUAGAACGUAAGGCCACUUAAUUUUCUUGUAUCCAUUUUAAUUACAAGUACUUUAGCUUUACUAAUGUGAAGUGAGUAUGUGAAUCAUUCUAACAAAAAUAAAGCAGUACUCCAUAGUGACCCGAAUGAGAUACCAAUUAGGGUCACUAGCACAAAAUGAAUGUACAAAGUGAGAUUAAAACAUCUCAUAUCUAUAUAUAUAUAUAAAAAAAAAGAAUUUGUUGAUCGAAACAGUGCCAUCUUUUUACUGUAAAUGUUAAAUUUUCCUAGAAAAAAAAGGAUGCAAUAUGUCUCGUUAAAUCAACUUGGUUACCAUUAACAUCCACAAAAAAAUAUUAUUCAAUUUUUUUUUAAUUUAAACUAAAAUAAGAUUUGACGGGUGCAGGACAGAUCCAGAUCUAGUGAUCGCACUGUUACCAAAAUGUCUGAAAAGCAACCAUCUUUUAUAUAUGUAACAAUUUCCAACAAAAAAAAAAAGGGUUUUUAACUAUGAUUCAUUUACUUGGUCACCUCCUGGAAAUUCAUCCACGUGUCAAAACACUGCCUUUCAAACUAUGAACUUGACGCUUUAAGCAACUAAAAUUGACUCCUUUUUGUCCUUUCUUUUUUUUUUUUUUUUUUUCCUUCAUAGUAAUUCAGUCUGUAAAAGUCCUCGGUUUUCCCUUCAGUUUGAAGACAUUUCCAGCACCAGAUGUCCUUCUAGCUAACUCUUUGAAGCGUUUUAAUUUCCUGACAAGAGAAAAUGUUGUUGAUUACCCUGAAUAAUUGAAUCAAAUAGAGGAGCGCUUUGUGAAGCACACUGUUGAACAACAUCGGAGCUGACAGGUGUUUUAUCGCUUCCUUUCAUUGACACAAUGACAUCACUUCAAAAAUAUUAAAGCCAUCCUGAUAAGUGUUUCGAUUUUUUCUUUUCAUGGUGUGGGUUUAAACAGACUGAUCACGGGUUCAUUGAUGUAGUCCAUAAUCUGCAUGUGCAAAAGUGCUAAGAGGCCAAAAUAUAGAAAUGGCCAAGUAUUCUCCAUACUUUUUUAGAACCAAAAAGAAAAAAGAGUCAGUAAUUGAAACCCUGUUAAAGCUCUAAUGUAUGGGGUCUUGUUUUUAAGCUUGGUCAAAGUCAAGUAAACACAUGAACAGACUCAACCCUUUCUGAACACCUCUUAAAAAGACCUUGCAUUACUUAAUGCAAGGGUAAAGGUGUACUAGCGACAGUAUACCCUGUUCUCCAUGUAGAAGGUGCUGCAGACGCACUUGAUCAAACACCAAUCUGUCAGAUUCAAACCUGACUAAACGACAAUUCAUCACAAGUCACCACAGUAAUUUGUUAUGUAGCUGUGAUGCACUGUAGCCGUUAGUGCAGCUACUGAUUAUAUGAACUUUUUUCUACUUGCACAGCAACAAGAAACAUGUUAAAAUGUAAACGAAAUAUUUUUCUAUAACCUCUCAAGACCUAAGAAAGCGUCGCACCCUGACCCUGACUUUUGUGUCUGUUGCUGUAGGGUUUCUCAAUAGUGUUUCUCAUUAGCUGUUGUCCAAGCUAUGGUGUGCUGCAGUAUUUUUCCAAGUAUGUUUUUUUUGUUCAUGUUUUCUUCUUUUUUUUAAUUUAGCUUUCUUUAUUCGGGGAUUUUGAAGAAGUGUGAAGUCGUAUUAUUUCAAUCUGUUAAUGUAGCGCUAUGUGUACCCUGUACCUUAGACUAAUAUUAUUGAGUAUGUUAUGAGAAUGGAUAUUUUACUGGCUUUAUAGAAUGUUCAAAUCGAAUCUAAUAAUGAUAAGAAGAAUGAUUUUUAACUCCACAAAAAAACGUUGAGUACUUGCUAACUAAGCGCUUGUGUUACCAUUACGAUGUUGUGUGCUUCUCUUAAUUUUCGUUGUAGAAAAAUUUGAGUGAGUUUAUAUUAGGCUUCGACAACUAACGAUAGCAGUGUAAAUUUUAUGGAGGAUUUUAACAAAACAUCUGGGUUAUAGAAGAAUAUAGUUAUUUUAAUUGUUCUAUUUACUAACUGUAGGGUGAGAAGGGGCUCGCAUUGUGGUGAACUAUGUUAUAGCUUGUUAUUCACUGUUACUUUUGAUCAUUUUUUCGGUCUCCAAGGUGAAUCGAGUUAUUAAUGAGAAUUUGUAUGCUCACAUAUGCAUAUUGUAUAUGUGUAGAAUUGUAAUCACACUUUGUCUUGGAUUUACAUUAAACUGUCACAGCAUUAA